AUGGAAAAGAAACUUCAAGCAAAAGAUGAAGUCAUUGAAUCCAAAGACAAAAGCAUACAGAAAAGAAUACCGCGUUCAGUACCAAAAGGAAAGGAAAAGAGUUAUAAGUAUAUGAUAUAUACUGAAGAGAUGGAAAAUGAAGAAGAUAAAGAUAUGGUUAUGUUGCAUUUAGUCAGAAGAAACAACAAAAGCUUUUACGACCUCGCUAAGAUAUAUAAAUCUGACAGAAACUGGUUCUAUCGUGAAAACUUACCGAUUUCAAUGACACCGAAUGAGCAAAUAAAGGAAAUUGUCAAAAGUACUCUUCCUCAAACACACUAUGACAUCAAAGGUUGCACAAUACUUACAUUCAAAGAAGACUUACCAUUACUGAAGGAAAAAAUAACAGAAUAUUUCGAUAACUUCAAAGAGGAAGAAUGA